UUUUUAAAAGUGAUUUCAAAUUUUGAAUAUCGUAACGGCCGAAAUCGCUCAAUAACUUCUUUUAUCUCUCCUCUUCUUCUUCUCCAUCCCCAAUUUCCUCUUGACACUCAAAUUUCACAGAGCUCACCGACUAAAAAAAUGGCGUCUCUUGCGCCCGGAAUCCUCCUAAAACUCCUUCAGUGCAUGAACUCGGGCACACGCCCCACCGGAGACCACAGAUCUGCAAUCCUACAAGUCACCGGGAUAGUACCAGCCCUCGCCGGCUCCGAUCUAUGGCCCAAUCAAGGCUUCUACGUCCAGAUCUCCGACUCUCUUAACUCCACCUACGUCUCUCUCUCCGAACGCGACACAGAUCUCAUCCUAAGCAACCGUCUCCAGCUCGGCCAGUUUAUCUACCUCGACCGCCUCGAGUUCGCCGCCCCAGUCCCACGCGCCGCCGGAAUCCGCCCCGUCGCUGGACGCCACGCCUUCGUUGGAACUCCGGAGCCGCUAAUCGCACGAGUAUCUCCUGGAUCUAAACGUGAUUUCAUCAUCCAGCCAGUUUCCGAUUCCGAGUACUCGCUUGACCCCAUCGCCGUUUACUUAAACAACAAACGAUUCGACGACGACGGCGAUGCGGUGGUUCCAAAACCCAGUGUUAGACAACCGCUUGCUCCGGUGAACCAAAACGAAGAGAAUAAUCAUAAUCAAAACCGAAAUCAAAGAUCUAAGCAGACGCCACACAGAUUCUCGUCACCAGCAUCGUCUAAGCAGCGGUCAGUCUCAUCGGGAAAGAAGAGCACUUCCGGUACAGUGACAAUUGAGAGAGAUCCAUCACCGGCGGUUUCUGGGAAAGGUAGGAGAUCUGCCUCUCCGGUCCCGUCGAAAUGUGUAGUGCCAAGCCUUGCGGCGGCGCGUGAGGAGAAUCGAAAGGUUUCAAGAGAGCCAGCGAUUGUUGUGCCUUCAAGAUACAGACAGCCAUCACCUUAUGGAAGGAAACUGAAUCCAUCUCCUAGCGGAAGAAGAAUGUCGAUUUCACCAGGAAGAAGGCUUUCAAGUGGUGUGAAAAUGUCUCCGUUGGUCGGAGAUUCUUCUGGGAAGAAGAAGAUGGCGGCGAUUGCAGCCGGAAUAUCUAAAGUCUCUGAAGCUCUUGUUGGAUCUUCUGCAAAGAAUUGUAAUCGAAAAAACUGGGAUGAACCUGUUGCUUCUGCUGAUGGAAAUGCUCAAAACGAGCCGAAGGAGAAAGGCAGUGUUAAGAAUAAGCCAGAUCUUAAAGCAAUUUUGCGUACUCAGGCUGCGAUGUCGAGACGUCUCAGUGAUGCAAAUAGGAGAAAGAGUGAUUCUACUUCGGCGUGUGAAGAGAAAGCGAAGUCGUGUUCGUCAGAAAGUAGCUUAGUAGAAGAAGUCUCAGCCUUUGAAGGACUUGGUAUCACUUAUCAUGAUCGGAAAUGGACAGAUGGUAGCGUUCCAUUGGAUAGCAUUUCAGGAGAUCUUGCAAAACUUGCAAAGGAAGCUAUGCAAAGAAGGGACUUUGCUGCUAAAGCUGCAGCUAAAGCAUUGGAGGAAGCUAAUGCAAAUGAGUGCAUCAUAAGAUGUUUAAGUAAAUUCUCGGAACUUUCUUCUAUCUCGAAAAUGGAUAAUCCGUUGCGAAUCAUUAACCAGUUUUUGACAAUCUAUGAAGACGUCAUGCAAUACAGUCAGAUAGCUUCAGAAGUCUGUGUCCGCUCGUCAUCAUCGGAUCAACAAAACUCAAUCUCUCUUUGGGUUGAAGCUGCAUUAGCUACUAACCUCGACGUGGUUUCACUAGUGAAAAGCGAAUCACCAUCGUCUCUGAAGAAACUAACGCCUACGAAGACAGACAAUAUUGUUGGGAUGUGGACAGACAAAGAUGGCUUUAAGGAGACGGCUAAAUUCGCAGCGAAAGUACAAACUGAAAUGCAAAUAUGGUUCAUUGGGUUCGUGGAAGAUUCGUUAGACAACAAAAAUGCAGCAUCGGUACGGCCUUUAGAUGGUGGUUCCAUAGCUGCGGUUCUGUCUCAGCUGAAACAAGUCAAUGCUUGGCUGGACCGGGUCAUGUCAGACCGAGAAAACCAGAUCGGUACAAUAUCUUUAACCGACGUCGCUGCGGAAUAUUUUGUCAAGAUUGAGCGGCUGAAACGCAAAAUCUAUGGAUUCUAA